AUGGAAUCGCCCGAUACAGAAGGAAUCGUUAAUCAAGCGUUUGAAAGAGCACUUGACAAUAAUGAACGAGAGGUUGAUUCAAGAACAGAUCAAGAUAUCUUGGAAUCAACAGAGCGAACUCCUCUGAUAACCUCCGGUGCACUGUAUACUCCCCGCGACAUCCUCAGUUCUUCAACAACUCAACGAUCGUGGCGCAACACAAAUUCCUACAUCGCCCGUCUCGCCUAUUACUCCAAUUUACGUCUCCCUGAGAAUGCACUUGCCGUUCCGCCACACGUCGCUGCGCAGUAUCUCGUUCUUCCUCAGUCGCAAAAGUUGAAAGAAGGUGGCCGUCAGAGUUCGUUAGUGACGAUUUUCGCAAUUUGGAACACGAUGAUGGGCACAUCGAUGCUUUCAAUGGCCUGGGGGUUGCAGCAGUCUGGAUUUAUCCUUGGAAUAGGACUGAUGAUCGGAAUGGGCCUUGUUUGCUGUUACACGGCGAACAGAAUCGUCCGCGCUCAGUAUCACGCACCCAGAGGAGUCGUUAUUUUCGAAUUUCCAGACAUUUGUCGCGUUUUCCUGGGCAAGUGGGCGGAAACGACCGCAGGUGUUUUCGGUCUGUUGACCUUCUUCGGCGCUAUGAUGGUUUAUUGGACACUCUUGAGCACUUUCUUGCUCAAUAUUGGCGAGUUUAUUCAUAUCCAAGCGACGACGAACGAGACCAUCGAGUUUUUGACGAAAGAUGUUCUUUGCUCGCAAAGUAUCCAGGCGUCUGGAAAUGUCACGGAGUUCGAAAAGUAUUGGAACAGUAAGACAGUGCCUCUUUACCUCAUUGUUCUUAUCAUGCCGCUGUUGAAUAUGAAGGAUGCCGUCGUAUUUACGAAGUUCAACAGCUUGGGGACCAUUUCUGUCGCGUUUAUUACUGUUCUUACAAUUGUCAAGAUUUCUUUGUGGGGUGUCAACUGGUCCAACGAUCCACUGAGUGUGCACUACGUCGAACUAGCUUCUGUAAAAUUUCCAAGUCUUAUGGGCAUGCUUUGCCUCGCCUACAGCAUCCACUCGGCCAUCAUUACACUUUUGAAGAACAACGCAAGACAAGAGAACAACUCGCGUGACCUGGCCAUUGGCUUCUCCCUCGUCGGACUCACUUACACAUUCGUCGGGACAAUGGUCUUCAUCAGUUUUCCACUCUCGAAGGACUGCAUCGACCAAAAUUUUAUCAAAAACUUGACGAGUUACGAUGGAAUGGCAAUUAUCGCGCGCUUCUUUCUCUUUCUUCAAAUGAGCACCGUCUUCCCACUUCUGGCCUUUCUCUUCAGGGUUAAUUUUUUGUACGUCAUCUUCAAGAUGCAAGAUUUCCCUGGCUACGCGAAAGUCAUUGCCUUGAACUUGAUUACGAUCGGAAUCUGCGCCACGAUUGCCAUCGUCUAUCCAAAUGUUGGCGACAUUAUUGGCUGGUCCGGCGCCAUUUCCGGCCUCGUUUAUGUUUUCCUUCUACCUUGCUUGGUCAAUAUCGCCAUUCGAAAAAUGCGACGAAUUAUCACUCCAAAAUAUUACAUUCUGCAAUAUUCUCUUAUUUUCCUUGGAAUCUUUAUUCUUGGUGCGAAAAUCGUCACCGCUGUUACUGGAUAA